AAUAUCAGCUGUGAUGUUUUGCUCGGAACAUUUACUGAGAGCACUGAGAGGUUAUGUUUAUACUUUAUUGUACACCCUUAUGUAUUUUGCUCUUUGCUGUGUACAAGCAGCAUAAAAUUCCUAAACCUAAAAUAAGUGUGCUUUAUUUGUGUUUUAUGAAGCAAAAAAUGUUUACUUUAAUAUAAUUGGUUUCAUCAAACCCUAAAAUCGGAAUAAAUCAACUUUAUUUAAGUUAUUAAAUGGAACUUCUACUUUUUAUCUUUAACUUAUACAUUAUAGAUCCAAUAUUGUAUUGAGAUGAACAUAAUAUCUGGUAUUGCAGUCCAUAUAAUUUUCCUUGUGUCCAUAUUUGAAAUUUAUUUCAAAUCUCCAAUUGUCGAUGGCAUCGAUAGUGAAAAGAAUAAUAUCAAACCACCGGCGAAACGAUUGAUUUUGUUUGUAGCAGAUGGUCUACGCGCCGAUAUGUUUUUUGAAUUGGAAAACGGUACAAGCAAAUCACCAUUUCUGAGACAUAUAAUUGACACGAAGAGUGUGUGGGGCUUAUCGCACGCAAGAAUUCCCACUGAAUCCAGACCUGGCAAUGUGGCUUUGAUUGCUGGCUUCUAUGAAGAUCCCUCUGCUGUCUUCAAAGGAUGGAAAGAGAAUCCAGUGGAAUUUGAUUCACUUUUCAAUCGCAGCACUGCUACAUAUUCCUGGGGAAGUCCAGACAUUCUACCCAUGUUCCAGAAAGGUGCAGUUGAGGGACGAAUCUACACAGAUUCCUAUUCGUCAGACUUGCAAGACUUUUCCGGUCGCAACUCCAGCGCCACUCAGCUCAAUGAUUGGGUUUUCGACAAGUUCGAGAAAUUCCUGCGAGAAGCAAGCGUCGACUCUGAGAAACGUCAACAACUGAACAGAAAUGGAGUUGUCUUCUUUCUUCACCUGCUUGGAACUGAUGUGGCUGGUCAUGCCAAUAAACCACACUCCAGAGAAUACAAGGAUACUAUUGUUAAUGUGGAUGCUGGAAUCGAGAGCGUUGUCAAACAAGUGGAACAUUUCUUCAGUGAUAAGGACACCGCUUACAUUUUUACUUCUGAUCAUGGAAUGACAGAUUGGGGUUCGCACGGUGCUGGACUUCCUAGCGAAACGGAAACUCCAAUAGUUGCGUGGGGCGCUGGGGUUUCAUCACAUCAAAACGUCAACAUACGUCAGGCUGAUAUUGUUCCAUUGAUGGCUGUGCUUCUGGGGUUAUCCAUACCUGUUCAUUCACUGGGAACUCUGCCUGUGUCGUUCCUAGACGCGAGCAACGAGACCAUAGCCGAGUGUCUGUUGCUGAACUCACGGCAGCUGGUCGCCCAGCUGAAGCGACACCGCGAGUCAGUCACGUGCCAUCUGUUACCUCUCUUCCACGCCCCCUUCCCCCACCUGCAUCAGGCGACCCAGGAUCAACUCACCGCCUCUGUCGAGGACCUCAUUGCACAGAAACGAUAUCAAGAUGCUAUGGAGCAAACGAUCAAUUUGAUCUCAUUGGCUAUGAUGGGAAUAAAAUACUACCAGACAUAUUUCCAGAACUUCCUACUGGCUGCCAUAACACUCUCGUACAUUGCCUGGAUCAUGUGGAUUACAAGUCUCAUAUUGCCCAACACACAGCUUAGCAUCAAUUCAUAUUAUAAAGAGAAAACGCACAAUUCUGGAGUAAUGAAUAUAGUCAUAAAUACAGUGUUCACUUUACUCCUCCUACUUGCCGUGUGUCUACUUUUUGUACAGAAAUUUGGAGUUCAGUAUUAUGUGUUCAGCUGCCUGCCGGUGUGGUUAUGGUGGAAAGUGUCACUCAACUAUAAAGUAUUCUUACCAGUAGUCACCUACAUUUCUGGCAAUUUCAUAAGAACACUCUGUUGGUUAGCGGUGUAUCUUGGAGGACUGGAACUGCUAGUGCUGACAUUCUUCUACAGAUCGGCACUGUCAAUUCUAUUGCUGGGAUUCGGACUGUGGCCUUUUAUCGAUAAAAAACUCAGGUUUAAUUCGAUCGUUCACCGAACAUUUUGGUCUGCCACUUGCCUGUGUCUUGCUGUAUUCCCAUUAUUACCUACAAUUGGAGCUGCCGAGGAUAUUACAUUGGUGAUAAUAUCGGGCUGCUUGUGGCUAAUGGCAGGAAUUUUCGUGACAUUGACCCAGGCGAGAACGAAUCACGGCAACGACGGUUUGCUGUCUCUUUUUCAGCUAUCUCUGUUCCCUUUGACAAUAUGGCUGACCUCUUCCACAGCCGACAGCUUUAAAGCCAGACUCGGUCUUCCUCUACUUAACCAGGCUACGUCUUGGGUGCUGCUUAUUGUGAGCCUAAUCAUUCCUCUGCUAAGUUCGAGGACAGUGCUUACCAGACUAGGUUCUGUGUCGCUCGGCCUGUCUGUGCCGUUUUUGCUUCUCUCCGUUGGUCAUGAGGCAUUCUUCCUUCUUGCACUAACAGUCAAUCUAUUCUGUUGGCUGACGCUGGAGAAAUCCUGCUUAGAAGCCAAUACUGUGAUAACUAGCGCUACUUAUAAGAAUCCUGGAGUGAAACAGAAAGAAUCUUCGCAGACCCUAAAUGGUGAUGAUUUCCGCAGGGCAUUCUUCUUUCUCUGUUACAUAGUGCUGUCGUUCUUUGGCACUGGCAACAUAGCCUCAGUGAACUCGUUCAACAUCGACUGGGUGAGGUGCUUUCUGACGGUCUUCUCGCCAUUCACAAUGACUGCACUCAUUCUCCUCAAAACGCUCAUUCCGUUCCUAUUGGUAGGCUGUGCAUUUCAAGCACUCAGUAUUGUGUCAAAGGUUGAAAUGAAGCACCAGAUGUACAUGUUUCUGGUGCUGAGCAACGUUAUGGGAAUACAGUUCCUGUACGCGGUAACCAACGAAGGCUCCUGGCUGGACAUAGGCACUUCCAUAUCGCACUACGUUAUCGUGCAGACCAUGAUCCUGUUCAUAGUUGUACUGUUCUGGGUGGCCUCCUUCUGCAUGAGCAGGUCCAUCCCACAUCCGUGGUCUCACAGACUCAACUACGUUCCCAGACCAACUCUAGAAUCCAGACCUGGGUUCGUGAUCAAAGACUAUGUGUGGUCGCCGUUCGACAAAAAUCAUUUAGAAUAAAUGAUCUUUACCAAAUACUGUUUCUAUCACAUAAUUUUUAAUUCGUUGAAGCUGUAUCGAACAAUCUACUUUAUUGUGCAAUAAAAACUGUUGUUUCUGAAAUGUU